AUGGCACUUGCCGCUCCUCCGCUCAAUGAUCGCAAGCGCGUCAAGGUCUACGAGCUCAAGAACAACGACUGGUACGACCGCGGCACUGGCUUCUGCGCCGGUCAGGUCCUGGCCAACGACGAAGCCCGCAUCUUUGUCCAGUCCGAAGACGACGCCCAGCGCAUGCUGCUUGAAACGAGAAUCUCGCGCGACGAUGGAUAUCAGAGACAACAGGGGNAAUUCAUCACCGAAAUACAGCAGCGCAUGCUCGCAAUGCACCCCAACGAAUACGACGGUCUGUCCGACGAGCUUGUCGAUGGCCAGGGUUUGCUGCUGCCCAUGCCCGAGCUAGCCAACCUGCACCAGGUACAAGAGACGAUGCGCGCAGCCAGCCAGACAACCCAUGGGCGCGAUGCUCUAGUCAAGUUUGUCAUGGCUCCCGAAACGCAGUACCUCUCCAAGCUUCUGCCGCUGGUCGAGCUUGCCGAACACGUCGAGGACAUUCAAGCUCUGCACCGACUGUGCACCAUCAUGAAGACGCUCAUUCUGCUCAACGACACAUCCAUCAUAGAGUUGACCGUCUCAGAUCAUGCCAUUCUGGGCGUUGUGGGUGCCUUGGAGUACGAUCCAGAUUUCCCCAGUCACAAGGCCAACCACCGUCACUACCUGGCCGACGAGUCGCGGUUCAAGGAGGUCGUUGCCAUUGACAAUCCCGUCAUCAAGAACAAAAUCCACGCCACAUAUCGUCUGCAAUAUCUCAAGGAUGUAGUGCUGGCCCGUAUUCUCGACGACCCUACCUUCACCGUCCUCAACUCUCUUAUAUUCUACAACCAGGUCGACAUUGUUAACCACAUCCAGUCUAGCAAGGAUUUCAUCCAGGAGCUUUUUACCAUCUUUACGACUCCCGACUCCGACGAUCAACGCAAGAAGGAUGCUGUGCACUUCAUCCAGACGUGCUGCUCCGUCGCCAAAAGCAUUCAAGCACAGUCGCGUGCUCAUCUUUUCCAAAACUUCAUUCAUGGCGGUCUACUGGAUGUAGUCACAUAUGCUUUGCGUCACCGCCAUGCCUCUGUACGUGUCGCUGGCACCGAUAUCCUCGUUGCACUCAUCGAUCAUGAUCCAGUCAUGAUGCGUUCGCACAUUUUCCGUUCUAUCAACCAAAAGACCAAACCAUUGACAGACACACUAAUCGAGCUGUUGCUUGUCGAGGUCGACCUGGGCGUCAAAGCCCAAAUGGCGGAUGCGAUCAAAGUCCUUUUGGAUCCUCAUGCCAGCUCGACUUCCAUGGAUAUGCUAGGCAGAACCAACGGGGACUUCAUGGCAAAGAUGAGGGGUGCAAAUCCUAAUUCUAGCGCCCAAAUGGAAAGCUUCGUGGACAAUUUCUACAACGACGGUGCCAAACGCCUUUUCCAGCCUCUAAAGGACCUUGAGCACAGCCAAAAUUCGGCCCUCAAGUGGUUCCGAACGUGUGUUGCCCUCGAUGACGAACAUCACAACAAAGACUUAAUCACCAAAGGAGUAUUUGAUCCGAUUCUCGACAUUGUCUACCAGACAAUGCCCCGGGACAACCUUCUCAACUCAGCCUGUCUCGAGCUGUUCGAGUUUAUCAAGCGCGAGAACCUCAAGCAACUGGUUAUACCACUGGUCGAGGGCUAUCGAGAGAAGUUGCUUGGUAUUACCUAUGUCAACACAUUUGGGGCCCUCGUAUUGAAGUACGAGCAAAUACAAAGCGGAUUCAAUCCUGAUGAAACCAGCUUUUCAACCCAGGGCGGCGAGACGCCGAACCGGAGUCUUGUUGCUGGUGGCCAGCGUUGGCAAGGACUCAAAGAUGCCGAUGCGGAAGAGGAAGCCUAUUUCAAUGCCACCUCAGAUGACGAGACUGAAGACGAAGGUGCAGCUUCGCUACCAGAGACCGUUGCUGCCAAGACUCCUGAAGUCGGUCCUCCAAUGCGACCACUAGUGUCUUACCCGGAAGAUGAGGACGAAGAUGCAAUGGAACUUCUUGCAGCAUCACCAGGCACACCUGCCGAAAAGAAAGAGCUCAGCGUCGAGUCGACGACGCCCGAGACACUGGGGUCGCCUCUGUCGAUCGUGCCAGAGAAACGAAGACGAGAAGACGACGACGAAGACGAUUUGGAGAAGUUGGCGGGCGCGGUCCCGGCCAAGCGUCGCAGCUCAGUCAGCAGCAUAGGCAGCGUGCGGAGCGACAUGUCGGCCGCAAACUUGGAUUCACCUACCAGCAGCCAGCAACAAAACGGUACAGGGCAUCCGCUCAGAAGGAAAGGAAGCUUGCGAAGCAAGGAAGACAGUCCAGGACCCCAAAAGGGCAUCAGCAUUGGUCCCAUCUCGCUUUCCCUGUCAGGGAAGACGAGUAACGCGGAAGGAGGUGGACAAUGA